GUCCGGGCGCCAUGUUGCGAGCGGAAGCGGGGAGUGAGCGGCGCUGAGGCAGGGUAGCUCCGCCGGGCGGGAGGCUGAGAGGACGCGGCGGCCAGAGCCGGGCAGGGCCCUCCGCUGGCCGGGGCGCCGCACCGCUACGCUCCCGCACUAGGGCUCCGCGCCCUGCCCUGCCCCGCCCCGGUCCCUCGCCCCGCGGGGGCGCUUGAAAGCGGAGCGCGGCGGCGGCGCCGAGCCGGGACGAUGCCGCUAGCGCAGCUGGCGGACCCCUGGCAGAAGAUGGCUGUGGAGAGCGCGGCCGACAGCAGCACAGAGAAUGGGCAGCAAAUUAUGGAUGAACCUAUGGGAGAAGAAGAGAUUAAUCAGCAAACUGAAGAAGGCAAUAUCAAAGAGAUUGCAAUAACACAUCAUGUAAAGGAAGGACAUGAGAAAGCAGACCCUUCACAGUUUGAACUUCUUAAGGUUCUAGGACAGGGUUCUUUUGGAAAGGUAUUUCUUGUCAAAAAAAUCUCAGGAUCAGAUGCAAGACAGCUUUAUGCAAUGAAGGUAUUAAAAAAAGCCACACUGAAAGUUCGAGAUCGGGUUCGGACAAAAAUGGAACGUGACAUCUUAGUGGAAGUUAAUCAUCCUUUUAUAGUCAAGUUACAUUAUGCUUUUCAAACAGAAGGAAAGCUAUACCUUAUUUUGGAUUUUCUCAGGGGAGGAGACUUGUUUACACGCUUAUCCAAAGAGGUGAUGUUCACAGAAGAAGAUGUCAAAUUCUACUUGGCUGAAUUAGCACUUGCUUUAGACCAUCUACAUAGUCUUGGAAUAAUAUACAGGGACCUAAAGCCAGAGAAUAUACUUCUUGACGAAGAAGGACAUAUCAAAUUGACAGAUUUUGGCUUAAGCAAAGAGUCCAUUGAUCAUGAAAAGAAAGCGUAUUCCUUCUGUGGGACAGUAGAAUAUAUGGCACCAGAGGUAGUUAAUCGACGAGGCCACACACAGAGUGCGGACUGGUGGUCUUUUGGUGUUUUAAUGUUUGAAAUGCUCACGGGUACUCUACCUUUCCAAGGGAAAGACAGAAAAGAAACCAUGACUAUGAUUCUCAAAGCCAAACUUGGAAUGCCCCAGUUUUUAAGUCCUGAAGCACAGAGUCUUCUCCGAAUGCUCUUCAAACGAAACCCUGCAAACAGAUUAGGGGCAGGUCCAGAUGGAGUUGAAGAAAUUAAGAGGCAUUUAUUUUUCUCCACAAUAGACUGGAAUAAAUUAUACAGAAGAGAAAUUCAUCCGCCUUUUAAACCUGCAACUGGUAGGCCAGAGGAUACAUUUUAUUUUGAUCCUGAAUUUACAGCAAAAACACCGAAAGAUUCACCUGGUAUUCCACCCAGUGCUAACGCACAUCAGCUUUUUCGGGGAUUCAGUUUCGUUGCUAUUGCAUCAGAUGAUGAAAGCCAGGCAAUGCAGACUGUUGGGGUUCAUUCAAUUGUUCAGCAGUUGCACAGGAACAGCAUUCAGUUUACUGAUGGAUAUGAAGUAAAAGAAGACAUUGGGGUUGGUUCUUAUUCUAUCUGCAAGAGAUGUAUACAUAAAGCUACAAAUAUGGAAUAUGCAGUUAAGAUUAUUGACAAGAGCAAAAGAGAUCCAACAGAGGAAAUUGAAAUCCUACUGCGCUAUGGACAGCAUCCAAAUAUUAUUACCCUUAAAGAUGUGUAUGAUGAUGGAAAAUACGUAUAUGUGGUAACAGAACUUAUGAAAGGAGGAGAACUGCUGGACAAAAUUCUUAGGCAAAAGUUUUUCUCAGAACGAGAAGCUAGUGCUGUCCUGCUCACAAUAACAAGAACUGUUGAGUACCUCCAUGCACAAGGAGUUGUUCAUAGAGAUCUGAAACCUAGCAACAUUCUUUAUGUUGAUGAAUCUGGUAACCCAGAAUCAAUUCGAAUUUGUGAUUUUGGCUUUGCAAAACAGCUAAGAGCAGAAAAUGGUCUUUUGAUGACUCCAUGUUACACAGCAAAUUUUGUUGCUCCAGAGGUUUUAAAAAGGCAAGGCUAUGAUGCUGCUUGUGAUAUAUGGAGUCUUGGUGUCCUGCUUUAUACUAUGCUCACUGGCUACACUCCUUUUGCAAAUGGUCCUGAUGAUACCCCAGAGGAGAUAUUGGCACGAAUAGGUAGUGGAAAGUUCUCUCUCACUGGUGGUUACUGGAAUUCAGUUUCAAUUACAGCUAAGGACUUGGUUUCAAAGAUGCUUCAUGUCGACCCACAUCAAAGACUGACUGCCGCCCAGGUUCUUAGACACCCUUGGAUAGUUGACAGUGACCAGUUGCCUCAGUACCAGCUAAACCGACAGGAUGCUCCACAUUUGGUGAAGGGUGCCAUGGCAGCCACAUACUCUGCUUUGAACCGCAAUCAGUCACCAGUUUUGGAGCCAGUAGGCCGUUCUACUCUUGCUCAGAGGAGAGGUAUAAAAAAAAUUACCUCAACAGCCCUGUGAAGUGACCUCAACCAGAUACUUGGUACCAUGGUAUAAGAUGAUAGCACAAAUCAUGGCGACAAGUAGCACAUAUCUGACAGAUUCCUGCAAGCACACUCUGUCCCAGCUGGUACCCAUAAUGCUGCUGCUGUUCCUAUUGUUGCUACUGCUUUCAUCUAUUCUCCCUUUAAACUGUUGAUGGCAAGUUUCUGACCUUUCUGGAGCUUUGGAUGAAGCGAAAAGUGGAAACACAAUGAAAAUGAACAUGUUCACUGAUUGAAUAAACUAGAAGAAUUAUGAAUGCCAACUCUAUCAUAAAAUACACUGAAUAAAGCACUCUGCACCAUAUAGCAUUAUUUUUAUAAGAAAUAUUUCUUGUCCCCUAAAAUAUUCUUUGUUACAUGUUGAGAUGGACAGUUUAUGUUAAGCACUUAGCUUAAACAAUCUGUUUAUAUUAGCACUGUAUACUUUGUGCCAUCCAACAUUUUGUAUGUUUUUGUAAACAAUUCAUAAGCAGUACUUUUCUGUGCUGUUUUCUUUAAUGUAUACAUGCCUUGGUUUAUUUAGAUUUUAUUAAUCAUUUUGACAAUUAACUCUGGUUAAACAGUUCACCUGGAUUAAUCAGUAUUGUUGGACAGCUCUAAAACAGCCUUGACUGUUAAAAAGCUAUUGAAUGUAAUAUUAUGAAUGUGUAUUUUUCCUUGUCUGUGUCUUUUCUACAUUUCCAUGUUUUUGAAGUUGCAUGUCUGUUAUGAAAACCGGAGAGAUGUUGUAGUAUUAAAAAUUUAAACAGUGGGUUUCUCACACA